UCCUCAGGCUCACUGCAGGCUAGAGGGAAUACCGGCUUAGUAACUGAAACAGGUUUUAUAUCUGACUGUUCUUAAGGUACACGGUGAUGAAAGAUAACUCCUUCAUAAUCAGAGGAUUGAAUUGUCUCACGACUCGUCCGUUAUUGGGAUGUUGCUAACUCGAACGUGCUGCUAGCGGUUGACAUUUCCUAAUCGUUACUAAAAGGUUGUAUGUUACAUUUAAUUCAUAACUUCUGAUACGAUUACACAAAAUCAAGUAUUUAAAAAUGAAAACUAAUACUCACGACAGCAAUUUUUGCAAAACCAACGAGUUUUAUUCUGAUGUAUAAACGCAAUUCGUACGUUCCUUCUUCUUUUCAGAUCAUAGCGCGCGAAAUAUCGUUCGCAUGCGCAUGCGCCGUGUGGCGUCGCGUUCUCAACCAGGUGACCGAUUCCCAUUGGCCACUUUAUUAUAGGGAGUAGCAGCUGUAUUGUAGCUGCUGCUAUAAUACAGCUGGAAUAUGUGAAGACCUGUACUACUCUUCUUUCGAUAUUCUUCUUGCAAAUUAAGACGUGAUAACUUAGUAUUCAAAUCCAAAAACAAGACAAUGACACAAUGUUAAAAUAUAAUAAAUUGCUUUAAUAUGUACAGAAAUUAACAUGGAUUAGUCUGUUGCUACGUUAAAAUAUAAUUUCCGGAGAGUUGAUAUUUGAGCUUUCCUUCAAAAUACUUAAACAACAUCAAGACAAUAUCAAAAAUAUUUUUUUAAUUGCAUUACCAAAAGCAAUUACUUGUGCAUCCAAGUUGAGCAAAUUUCCCAUCUGGGAUUGAUAAAGUACAUUUAUUUUAUAAUUAUUCUAUUGUAUCAUAAAGUGCAGGUAAAAGCCAAAUCAAACUGUCUAAUUAUCUUUAUUUGUGGUUUCUACUAUUCUGUACUGUACUGUAAUGCUAGCCUGCAGGAACCAGGAGACCCUGCAAGCUCAUUCUGUAUUUGCUCCAGCAUGUGCCAGGCCAGCCUCCUGUUCAGGCGAUUUCAAGCAGACCCGGGCUCGGUCGGGCCAAUCACAACUGUUUAUGUAAAGUACAGCGGCUCUGACACGUUGAUUGUACAGAGGAGCGCCUAAUGGGAGCGCCGUUGAGGCAUUUCAUGAACAACCAAGAUGGCUGCCGCAUCACACGAUCAAUUGCUCUGAUAGGUUGUAGGUCUAUCCAAUUGUGUCCGGAGGCAAUAUGGUUGGCACCUGUUGAUAACGCCCAUCGGUAGGCCCCGGAGAGGUUCCAGACUGAUAUGCAUUUGCGAAUUGUCUGAAAAUCUCAGGCUACUGUACUGCUAUAGCCUGCUACUUUUACUACACACAAAAAGUGCAAUUGUUUUAUUUCUCCCCAUUGGUGAAAUUCAGCUUUGGCUGCUUCAAAGUGACGAUUCACUUAAAAUCUACAAAAGAAUACGCAGGGAAAUACCCUAUGAGUGCAGAGCUACUGAAGAGCUAAAUAGUGUAGUAAACAGAAACCAAAAUGCACCCAGGAUGUCCCCUCAGCAGCGGUCUUCUCCCCUUGUCUCACAGGAAGUGCACCAGGCUGUCCUCACACUCCUUGGGAACGCUGAGCUUGUAGUUAUGGCACACCAGCUUGUAGUUCUGCCCCUCGUUGUUGUCCCAGUGCUCCAGCCCACACACCGUGUACCGGACGGCAAACUCCAGCACCGCCCCCGGCUGCAGGAACGGCGGCACGGGCAGGUGGAAGCGGAAGGUGUCGACGCUGAGACAGGCUCCGCCCCCUCCGUCGCCGGGCCGGGUGGCGCUCUGCACCCAGGAGGCCUUCGUCUCCGUGUGGCUCUUCCACUCGGUGAAGGAGUAGCGAACGCCCACCUCCUUAUCGGGGUGCACGUUCAGCACCUGGGUGAUGCCGAUGACGCCCAGCUCGAAGCACAGCACCCGCUCCAGGCACACCUUCUGCCUGUGGAGGCGUUGGAGGAACUCGGGCUGGUCCCCGGGCUGCUGGGAGAAGACGGGCUUCAGGUAGGGCAGGGAGAUCUCCAGGUGCGUGCCGUCGGUCAGCUCGGCACCCAUCAGGAGCCGGAAGGCCACGUGUUGGGGGAUGAAGGGGUCCUCGCCCGACUUGAAGAGCUUCACGUCCUCCAGGUCGAGCCCUAAGGAGUCAGCGAAACGCACCCUGACGUUUCUGAAAUGCUUCUUCCUCUCCUGCGGCGAGGGCAGAGAUUUUGAGCGUCUCUGGAUGAUAGGUCUGGGCAGCGGUUCACAGGAGAGGCCCCGGUUUGGCUCCUGCUGUUUCUUGGGUGGGGGCACUCUGGGGGCUGGGGGUCGGAUUGGAAUGAGUUUCCUUUCUGGCUUGAGUUCGGUCGCACUGAUCACGUCAGACAGGUGGAUUGUGGUGCAUGACGUUGGGGCUUUGCCGAAGGAGCCAUCAGUAUCGCUGCGGGGAAUCCUUAUAUUUCCAAUACACCAAUCCAUCUUUUCCUAGACAGAACAUGAUGUAGAAUAAGUACAGAGGAUACAUUCAUGUCAUCAUAGUUAAUAUACUUUUACUUUUUAAGGAAAGUGAUUCAUUGUGACGGUGAAAAGACACAUUCGCACCAUGUCAGGCAUUUCAAUAAUUAAAUGUUUUUAUUUGAUUGUUGGCUUAGAAAAUAAGAGAGUGGGCGUGUGCUUUAGGAGUGAGCCUCGUGCAUAUCCAGUACCGUUCUCAUCCGAACAUUUAGAUUAUUUUAUCCGCUGAAACCCGGGUUAAUAAGACUGUAGUACCUCACCACGAUUUGCAGCAAUGGAUUAACAAAUGCAAGCUGUAGCAUAAGCUCGUGUUUUGGCGAGGCUUGAUCCACCAGUUAUAUAAAAAACAAUAACAUUGAAGCAGCGCAUUUCCGUGCGUCAGUCGUGCCUCUGUGUCUUCCGCAAUAAUAUCAGAUCUGUAAUGUUAAUAACACGCAUAAGAAAUGCACAAAAAUCGUACGCAUGCUUUAUAAAUCCUGGGUUCCGUUGAAGGGGCUACGAAUGUGCGCGCAGCUCCUGAGUUGACCCAGAAGGAAGAGGAGGUGCAAAGGAUUAUGGGGAAUUGAGUAUAUUACGAUUUGGACCUUUAACUACUACGUUCCCUGGUUUGUUCGCACGGACUAUAUUGGAUCAUCGCUUAAUAGGUGGCACUAUUGGCAUGUAGAGUUUAACAUCUACUACAUGACACACAACGCUGGUUGUGUGUGGACAGAACACCAAUUGCCUUGAACUACAAUACCCACACUAUCGUUGUAGUACUUCAUAAAGCGCAAGCAGCAAGGUAGCAGCAGGUAAACAAACCCAUUUGACAGGGAAGGCGAAUCAAACAAAGCUUUCACGUUGAAAACGCGUCAUUUAUAUUUAACGUCAAGGAUGAUGCCGGUGUAAAAACAGGGACGUAUUGAGCUGCGUUUUAUUGUAUUUCAUUUAUUUCAAAUACAAACGGCUGGAUAUCAAGACAGGUGCCUAAUGCGCAUCAUGCGCAGCAGCAUUUCUGCGAAACUGGACGUUUUGAACGUUAACGUUAUCAUUUUAGGAAUUGAAUCUCUCGGACGAGAUGUAGGCUGUGUUCUAUAGCUAGAAUACCUCCUUGUUUUGGACUGAAAGCGACCUGCAAAAUGGGCCCCAUCAUGCAGGAACGAACAGCAUCCACGACACUGAAGCGCGUUUCCUCCAAAGAUAAAAUUAAGGUUCGAAACGCUGAGAAUACUGGACUUGUGACAAGUUCAAAGAAGGGAAACAAGGUGAAAAAGGCAAGUGGGCAGUUGAAGAAUGGCUUACCAGGUCAGGAAAAGGACUUGGUAGCAACCGUCCACAAGGGAACGCAGUCAAGAGGAGGCAAGGUCAAAGCUGCAGCCUCAAGAAACACAAGCAAACUUUCAAGCCCUCAAGACGAAAGGCCUUUUAAAUCUCCAGCCCCCAAGCACUCAUCGACACAAAGGAAAGAGGAGAAGCGAGAAAUGCAGCGAUUGUCCCCAUGCUGCAACGACGUGGAUCAGAAUCAGAGUCGGAUGGGCAGAAACCGAAGGGCCCUCUCCCUGCCUCUGUCCCCCAUCGCCGGCCUGCGCCACAUGCCCAUGCACUCCCCGGCCCCCACCCCAGAGGCCAUGCAGCGCCACUACACCCAGAACGAGGACGACACCGACAGCGCCAGCGACCUGUCGGACUCGGAGCGGCUGCCCGUCCUCCCCUCGCCCUGCACCCCCUGCACCCCCCCUCACCUCGACCUGAGGGCCGAGGUCAUCAACACCAGCGACUUCCCGCCCGACUUCCCGGGGCCCUGCGGGGCGGCGGGCGGCGAGGAGGAGGAAGAGGACGACGAGGCCGAGCGGCCCGCCUUCAGCUACCCCGAGUUCCUGCCUCCGCCCUUCAACAGCUGGAGCCUGCGGCAGCUGGCCGUGUUCCUGCACACCGAGGGCCGCAGCGCCCCCCGGCCCAAGCCCGUGGGGCCCCUGGAGAGGUACCUGGAGCGGCUGCUGCAGCUGGAGUGGCACCAGAUCCAGACGGUGCAGGCGGAGGGCGCCCGCCCGGCCGGCGCCCGCCACCGCCAGCUGGGCGCGCCGUCCUCCACGGCGGCUCCGCAGGCGGCCCACCCGCCGAGGCCUCACACCGCGCCCCCGACCCGCCUCAACUCCCCCAAGGGCCCGCGCCAGGGCCAGAGAGCCCCCCCGCCCUCCGUGUCCCUCAACACGCCCACGUCGCCCGCCGGCCCCCAGCAGCCGCCGCCGGGGCGCUACCCCGUCUGCCCCCAGUGCCACAUCCGCUACCCGCUGUGCAACGGCAGCUGCUCGCCGUACGCCUACCAGCGUCACUCCCGCCUCAGCCCGCUGAUGGAGCGCAGGGCCAGGAACGGCGCCGGGGCCGGGACGCCGCCCAAGCGGAGCAGCAGCGAGAGCCGGGCCACCUCCUCCGACGGUAGGGCCUCAGGGGGGGGUGGUGGGGGAGGAGGAGGAGGAGGGGCGCAGACUCCCGUCAGCCCGUCGUCAGCAAAGAGUCACGUCAAACAGAUGCAGGCGGCGGGGAACGCCAGGAAGACCCACCACCUGGAGCCAGGAGCUGGUGGUGGUGGAGGCCUGGCUGGUGGCGGUGGUGGUAGCCAGGCGGCUAGUGGAAGCAAUGGCCAUAUCGCUAGCGGUAGUGGUAGCCAGGUGGCUAGCGGUGGCGGGAGUAGUAGCCAGGUGGCUAGCGGCAGCAGCGGCCAUGUCGCUGGCGGUGCUGGUAGCCAGGUGACCAGCGGUGGCCAGGUGGCCAGCGGUGGCCAGGUGACCAGCGGUGGCCAGGUGGCUACGGCCAGAGGUCAGCAGAGGAAGGGCCGGGUCAGAGCCAACUCAGAGACGGAUGUGAAGAAGGAGGCCGGCACUAAAGGCCCCAACGCGGAGAAACGGAUCACCUCCGGGGGGAAACGGGAGCUGAACGCCGCCCGGAAGGCCGAGCGGGACGGGCAGAGAGCGGAGGCGGGAGGAACGGCCGCCAAACCCAGCAUGAAGAGGACGACGAAGGAGCCGGCGCCCCUCUCCAGACCACCUGGCAGUAAGCCCAACGGCAAGGCAAAAAACGUGCACUUCGUAGCUAAGUAAACUGGUUCUGUAGUUAUUACGCUUUACUUAAUGGUUACUAAAUAGCGAGGCUUCAACUUAUGCUUGCUUUCUGUGUAAUGUGUGCAUUACUAACACGUCACUCCAGCACUCAAAACCAAGCCGUUGCUUGCUGCAGUCAGAAUAUCAAUAUAAAUAGUGACAUAACAAGUCUAGUGAUAAAACAGCAAUGAGGCAUAUUACAAGACUCAUCUAUAUACAAGGAAUAUGCAGACAUCAAUCUUAAUGUAGUUUUUGGAUCAUGAAUAUGCACUUUCUCCCGCUCAUUGUACCUUUACACAGUACGAGACUUCACACAGUACAAAGUAGUACGACGUAGUUGUGCUUUCAAUGUAACCUGAGGUUUGUUACACCGCAACCAUCCGAGUAGUACAGUCUGUCGAUGCAGGAAUACAUAUAGAAUAGGGUCAUCUGUAUAUUUUGAAAAAUCAACAUGGACCAAGUAGUAAUAGUGGUCGUGAUCUGAGUCAUUGCGUAUUUAUCUUUGAGUGAACGUUUUCCUUUUCAUGUUGGAAUGUAUUCUUUCAUAAGAGCUCUUUGUUUAUUUCACGCCCGCAUUGGGUGCCUCCCCCGGAAGACGUUUGUUCAGCGACAUUAUUAGUGAAGAAGAUAAAAGAGUUGAAAGUGUUGAGGUUCUUUCAGAUGUACUCGUGGUCGUCCCACUUUGGUCAUGAGGGCUUUUGUUUGAACAAAGUUGAAUUGUAGUUUCACUACAAAAUAUUUUGCCUAGAGCUGAGCUUUUACUCGUGCGUGAGAGACAGUGUAAUGUUUGCUACAAAAAUAUGCAUAUUUUUCCAGAUUUUUGUAUAUGAUAGUUAUAUUUAUCGGAAAUAUGUUAUGUUCAAUGUUUAUCCAUGCUUUAGAUUGUUAUGUAUACAUGUUCAUGUGCAAAAGAAAAGAAUACCAAAUAAGCUGAAUGUAUAUUUUCUCAAUCGUCUGUCAGCUUAACCAUUGGCCAAUUAAGUGAUUCCAUGACAUUUCCAUUUCUAUCAUAGUUUAAAUAGUGUCUUAAAAAGUAAUCAAUUAAAACAACUCAUAUGUAUCAUAGAAUGCAUAGUUUUCCCUAGGAUACUGUGGAUGGUAGAAGUCUUAUCAGUCACCACGUGAACUUGUUUCAUGAAAACGCUGGAUCAAACAAUAUGGUUUCCCUUUACUUGACAUUUAUGAAAAGCAUCAAAGCCAUAGGUUAUGGGUGGGUGGUCUGUGAACUAUAUACAUGUAUGUUACAUUGUUGACCCGCACGCUAAAGAAUGUUGUAUGUAUUUUCUCAAUGUUGACUGCAAGUAUUUGUAAGGCAUAGAAAUAAAUGUUUUGCACUCAUUUCAAUUGGUACUUCUGUUACUCUGCGAGGAAAUGAAUACAAAACAAAACACAACAUUGGUUACUUGACAAUCAUAUCCUCUUAUGACCGGGAAGUGGCUUAAACAUCUGCCGCAGCUGCCUCUUCCUGUCGUUCACACACCCUGAAACACAGCAACA